AUCAACCGAGCGAUCUCGGUUUAUCUACCGACGCAAGGUGUGUCAUAGCAAGUAAAAAUGCCUGAAGUGACUCUCCCCGCCCCCAUGUCCGGCAAAGUGGACAUACAGCGAGUGGACUGACUUCAGCCGCUGCGGACAGUUAUGGUUACUUACUCGCUCUUCUUGAAUUACCGGUUGGGUGGAAGACGGCAGACUCUAAAAAAAGAAAAGGAAAGAAAAGUAAAAAAUAUCAUCAUUUUAAGGGGUAACCUAACUUGACCAUUCUGAAUCAACAUCGUGGACGAACUCCUAAUACUAAGCGUCUUUCCUAAACGGCCCUAAACAGAGACCACCUCAAACCACAACAAGAGGUCAACAUAAACUUGGAAAUAAAAACUGGUCUUUGGUCAAGAUGGCGGAAACAAAGCCAGAAAUAUCAUUCAUCGGCCUAGGAGCUAUGGGCUUCGGUAUGGCCACAAAUCUGGUGAAGCGCGGGUACAAAGUCACUGGAUUUGAUGUGUGGAAACCGACGUUAGAGAGGUUUCAGGCGGCGGGAGGCAACAUUGCGACGACGCCGGUGGAAGCCGUGAGAGGCAAGGACUAUUGCGUAUGCAUGGUGGCAACAGCUCAACAGGCUCAGGCUGUCCUUAUCGACGGCGAGAAUCCGGCGCUCCCGGCAUUACCCAAAGGGGCUGCGCUGUUGCUUUGCUCGACUGUGCCGUGCGCUUACGUCCAGGGUUUAGGCCGGCAACUCUCCGAGCUGGGACGGGGCGAUAUCAGACUGAUCGACUCUCCGGUCUCGGGAGGCGCUGCGAGAGCGGCCGACGGCACGUUAUCCAUCAUGGCUGGGGGCUCGGAUGACGCUUUUGAGAAAGGCCGCUUUCUCUUGCAGGAGAUGUCUGACCCUAACAAGCUGUACAUUGUCAAUGGCGGCGUUGGCGCCGGGAGCAACAUGAAAAUGUGUCACCAGGUUCUCGCUGCCAACCAUAUCCUUGCCGCGAGCGAAGGCUUGGGCUUCGCCACUCACCUUGGCCUUGACCCUCACUUGGCGAGCCGGGAGGUUCUGAAGUCGGAUGCGUGGGCGUGGAUGUUGGAGAACAGGCUCCCGAGAAUGCUCGAUCCCGAGUUUAAGCCUGUUGCCAGCGCCUUGACUAUCAUUCUGAAAGACACGAGUAUCAUUACCUCCGAGGCGAGGCGUUCCGGGUUUCCUACUCCCAUGUCGAGUACCGCGGAGCAAGUGUUCUUUUCUGGUCUCGGCCGCGGAUAUGGGCCCGACGACGACAGUAGCCUAAUCAGACUGUACACGGAGGGGAAAGGAAAGGUAGGCCCGGUCAAGGGGUUCGCUGAAACUGACGAGGCAAAGUUAAAGCUUGUCAAAGCUUUGUUUAAAGGCAUCUACCUCUGCUCUGCCGCAGAAACUAUUGCUUUCGCGGACCGAUGCAACUUAGAUCUGGACCAGGUGUUUGAGCUUUGCACGAGUGCGGCUGGAGGAAGCACGAUAUUCCAGGUAGUCGGCCCAGACAUUAUCAGACUACGCCGCGGACAACCACUACCGACGGACGACGGUGAAGGCUUCAAGGAAAUCGCACAACAGCUGCAAGAGGCCGUUGAAGAAGCCCAAAGACUGAAGGCGCCUGUAUAUCUUGGUAGCCAAGCACUCACCUUGACACAACUUGCAACACAAUCUGCCUCGGACGCAACCGGUCCUGUCUCGAGAGCUACUAUUGCAAAACUAUGGGGUUUAUAAAAGUACGCACAUAUAAAAUGUAUUUAGCUGGAGUGUGGCAGGAUAAAUCUGCGUCGAGGCACAAACUCUCGGAAUGCCAAAUAUUUGUGCAAUGAAAGAAGGGGGGCCAGGGGCUCAGGGGUCACUUACAGCCACACAAACGCAAUCUAUCAAGAAUCAAGAUAGAUAUAACCAUCAUACAACCACUGGA